AUGGCUGUAGAAAACGCAAUUGCGGGUCUUCAUGAGGAUGAAGCUUUCCUUGAUGAAAUAGCAGCAGCAGAGGAUGGUAGGAAAAACGAAACAGAGGUAAAGGGGAGGGUUACUGAAGAUCAAACUAAUUCUGUUACAAACCAAGAGAGUGAUCAAUUCCCUUUUGAAGAAGAUGGUUGGAUUGAAGACAUGUCGAACGACGAAAAUGUCGAAGAGAAUGAUGUUUACCCUGAGGAUAAGCCGCUAGUGGUAGGUGUAGACCUGAAUGAAGAUGGAGUUUUGAAUGGACAUGUGCCUCCAAGCGCCUUUGGACAACCUGGUGUUUCCACGUGGACAGAUGCGCAUGGAUACUAUGGUAGCAAUCAAGCAGGUGGAAGCAGGAGAGUAAACUUGGAACACACAUGCUCUAUAGAAACAAGGAACGAUUAUUUGAAGAAAGCUACCUCAAAGGUCAUUGCAGCCGUGUACAAAUCAAAGUUCAGUGACCCAACCAAAGGCCCUGCACCUUUGGAUCUGCAGCAGAUGGUUCUUGAGGAUCUUAGGGUGUCAGCUUCUUAUAGUAAGUGCUGGAGAGCAAAGGGAAAAGCUGAGGAAGAUUUAUUUGCAAACCCUGGUACAAUAACAUAUACGAAAACUGAAUUUGAAGAUGAUGGCAGUGAGAGGUUUUUGUAUUUGUUUUUGGCAUUUGGUGCAUCUAUUCAAGGGUUUCGGAACCUUCGACGUGGGCUUGUUGUUGACGGGACUCGUUUGACGGAGAAGUUUAAAGGUGUCCUUCUCACAGUAAGUGGACAAGAUGCAAACUUUCAAGUUUUUCCCCUUGCAUUUGUAGUGGUUGACAGCGAAAAUGAUGAAUCAUGGAUGUGGUUUUUUGAAAGGCUGGAGCGUAUAAUAGCUGAUAGCAAAACACUCUCAAUUAUUUCGGAUCGGAAUGGGUCAAUCUACACAGCAAAGAAAAGGGUUUUUCCUUUGCUGCAUCAUGGGGCUUGCAUUGUUCACCUUGCGAGGAAUGUGAAUGCUAAGUUCCAUAAUAAAGUUCUAGCAAAACUUGUAGUGAAGUUUGCCUUUGCGCAUAAGGUUACGGCAUACAAAGAGACUUACAAUCUUAUAAAAGCUAAGAACAACAACUGUGCAAUCUAUUUCGAUAAGAUUGGAGCUGCGCAUUGGACAAGGUCUUAUUUCCAGGGAGACAGGUACAAUCUUAUGACUUCAAACAUUGCCGAGUCAUUAAACAAGGCAUUAGGGAAAGCUAGGGCGUCCCCUAUUGUAGAAUUGCUUAAGUUUAUGAGUGCAAUGUUAACACGUUGGUUUAGUGCUAGGAGAAAGAAAGCGGCUAGACAUAUUGGAAUCACAACUUCGGAAAUUGAUAAAGUAAUGAUCAAGGCUCUGUUAACCGUGAAAGGGAGUAAAACAGGAAUGGUUUCUAGCUGGAGUUAUGAAGUUGUCGGGAUGCUUAACGAGAAGCAUCAUGUAUUGUUGGACCACAAACAGUGUACAUGUAAGCAAUACGACAGGUUCAAGAUUCCAUGUGGACAUGCAUUGUUGGCUGCCAACAGCCAAGGUAUUCCAUUUUCAUCUUUGGUGGGUGAUUUCUAUACGACAGAAGUUUGGAGAGCUACCUAUAAAGAAGUAAUAAACCCGGAGCUGUGUGAUAUUGAGGUCCCUGAGGCACUUGUCAAACAUGUCUUGUACCCUCCUAAGGCUCGUAGACCAUUUGGGCGUCCUCCAAAGCUAAGGAUUCCAUCUAUUGGAGAAAUUAAGAAACAGAAAGUUAAUAGGUGUGGCAGAUGCAUAUGCAUAUGUGGAUUCAACAAUAACAAAUAA